AUGUCAGUGUUCAGCGAGGGCACCUACUACAUCAGACAAGCUCCCCACUUGGCCUUUGAACUCAAAUACCGUAGAAAACGAUGCCCCGGGCAGUUGAGCCCCCGUGGGCACCGUCCUGGAGUCGGGCCACCCCGACAGGCGUCGCCCGCCGGGAAUCCCCGGACAGCUGGCCGGCGCAGGGCGUCCAGGAGCAGCGCGCGACCGUCCUUCGCCAGCACAGCCCCCCGACUAGCUAGCUCGUCGGCGACCGCGACCGCCGCCGGCCUCCCCGCCCUCCUCCGCCGGACGCCGCCGAGGGCUGAGGUCAGGAAAACAAUAAAGGAGUCGCGGGAAGAGGACGCCGCCCCCUCCCGCCGCCCCGGAGCCCGCGCGCAGGUGAGCCUGCGCCGCGGCCUCGCCCAGGUGCAGCCGCGCGGGGCGGACACACGCCGACAGGGGCCGCGGGGCAGCCCGGGACCCCGCACCGCCCGCCGCCCGCCGCCCCGCACUCACCAGCGCCCGCCGGCUCCUCGGCGGACGCUCGGCCGCCUCCCCGAUCGCCUCAGCCGGCGCGGCGCUCCCAGAGCCCGGCCCCGCCCACCCCGCCCCGGUGCGGCCGCGCUCCUCACGCCCAACUUCACGUCGGCCCUCCGCCCGCAGCACCCACGCCGCCGCGGCCCCGGCUCCCACAGCCGCCGAGCUGCCGGAGCGGCGCCCACGACGGCCAGUCCGCACACUGCGCACGCGUGCCCGCGCCGCCUCAGCCCCCAGACGGCGGCCGAGAUUCCGAAGCCGGCACUCCCAGCCCGCGGAGACUACAAGUCCCGGCAGGCCCCGCGCGGGUCCCGGUGGCGUGGCGGGCCGGGCAUCGGGCGUCUUCCUAAUUCCAGAGGAGGCGGCCUCGGCGCGUCGGGGCGGGCCGCGCGUGGAGCCCUGGUCCACUGCGCCGCGGUGCCUCCUGGGAUUGGUAGUUUUCGAGGAGCAGGGGCUUGGCUCGGAGUGGGCGGGGCGGAAACUCGGGGUUCUCUGAUGUCAUCGGCUAGAGCUUCGCGGCAUGGGGAUCUUUAAAAAUAGGCUUCGCUCGUUUGCGAAUAAUUUGUUUGCAAGCUGUUCCAUAAUCGGUCCAGGAAGCAUAAAUUGACAGGCCGCUGUGUGACCGGGAGGAAAACGCUUUACAGCUCUGCGCGCCAAUUCUUUGCUCGUAACCGUUUCUCCCUGGAACUAUUGGUUCCACCUCCUACUGUAUAGGACAGGAGGCUUAGAGAAACUUGAAGGAUUAACUGAAAUUCUUUCGGGAAAGAUGGAGCAUAAACAUUAUUCUCAUGACUAUUCAUAAAUGUUUAACAUAUUUGUUGCGCACCUACUAUGUGCCAGGUCCCAUGAUAGACGCUAAGCGUACGUCUGAGAGCGAGACAGACACCGUCCUGUCCUCACGGAGCCUGCAAUCUGGGAAGGGAGAUCUCCUUAAGCAACAUCAUUUUAGAUUUUACUUACGUGGAGAAACAGAGAUUUUAGCUGUUUUGUUCAUCACGGUAUCUUCAGUGCCUAGAACAGAAAUAUUUGUUCCACGGUGAAGGCCACCAGCCAACUUCACAGUCAGAAUCAGAAGUUAACGGAAGAGGCAACUCCAGAAGUAAACCCUUAUUCUCGCUACAAAUCAGAACCAAUGUGGUACAAGAAUUAAACACGAACCAAACACUCUGGGAACCCAGCUUUGUUCCUGUCGUGUCUCCUCCAGAAACUGAGCAGCAGAGAGUGAAAAACAGCUCCUCCCUAAUUUUCAGUUUAAAAAUGAAACCCGUGUGGCGCCCGGGUGGCUCAGUCGAUUAAGCGUCCAACUUCGGCUCGGGUCAUGAUCUCACAGUUCCAUGACUUUAAGCCCCACAUCAGACUC